CUUUUGCAUUAUCGAGCAACAAUGAAGAAAUUUUCUAUUGUAGCUCACAUGUCUCUACUUCUUGGAAUUUUCUUCAUCAUACUAAUGAUUGGUAGAAGUCUUGAUGUAACAACUCACUGGGAUAACAUGAGCUUCAGUGCAGAAGAUGCUCACAGAACAGAUGGCAGUUUAAGGCAAGAGGAGGAAAAGGCUAAAGAAGUACUUGGUAUGGAGUUAUACCCUACAGGAUCCAGCCUCCCAGACUGCUCCCAUGCAUGUGGACCAUGUUUUCCGUGCAAAAGGGUGAUGGUGAGCUUCAAAUGCUCUGUUGCGGAGUCAUGUCCAACUGUCUACAGAUGCAUGUGUAAAGGGAAAUAUUAUCAUGUACCAUCCAAUUGAAUUGAGCAAAAACUCAAUCUGGAGGAAUUUGCAGCAAAGAAAAAAGCAAUUAAUGUUUGA